AUGAUGUUCACUCGCUUGGCCGCUCGUCUGCCCAAGACCACGUCGGCGUUCGCCGCCCCCAAGGUCUCUACCCGCUUCCUGUCCAAGGCUGCCGUGUCUGGAAGCAAGGGCAGAUCUAUGCCCGGCGUUGAUCGCAGAGCCACUGCUGCGGCCUCGGGUGUCGAGGCUACCUUCACUAUCAGAGAUGGUCCCGUGUUCCAAGGCAAGGCCUUCGGUGCCGACACCAACAUCUCUGGCGAAGCUGUCUUCACCACCUCUCUCGUGGGCUACCCUGAGUCCAUGACCGACCCCUCUUACCGUGGCCAGAUCUUGGUCUUCACCCAACCCCUGAUCGGCAACUACGGUGUGCCCUCGAACGAGCGCGAUGAGUUCGGUCUUCUCAAGUACUUCGAGUCUCCCCAUAUCCAGUGCGCUGGUGUGGUUGUUGCCGAUGUUGCUGAGAAGUACAGCCAUUGGACUGCCGUCGAGAGCUUGGGCGAGUGGUGUGCCCGCGAGGGUGUUCCUGCCAUCUCUGGCGUCGACACUCGUGCUAUCGUCACCUACCUCCGCGAGCAGGGUUCCUCCCUUGCCAGAAUCACCAUCGGUGACGAGUACGAUGCCGAUGAGGACGAGGGUUUUAUCGACCCUGGCCAGAUCAACCUUGUCAAGCGUGUGAGCACCAAGGCUCCUUUCGUCGUUGCUAACCCCAACGCCGAGUUCCACGUUGCUCUUAUCGACUGCGGUGUGAAGGAGAACAUUCUCCGCAGCUUGGUCAGCCGCGGUGCUUCCGUCACCGUUUUCCCCUACGACUACCCCAUCCACAAGGUUGCCGACAACUUCGACGGUAUCUUCAUCUCCAACGGCCCCGGUGACCCGACCCAUUGCCAGGAGACUGUCUACAACCUUGCCCGCCUGAUGGAGACCUCCCCCGUUCCCAUCAUGGGUAUUUGCCUUGGCCACCAGCUUUUGGCUCUUGCCGUUGGUGCCCAGACCAUCAAGCUCAAGUAUGGUAACCGUGCCCACAACAUUCCGGCGCUCGACUUGACCACCGGUCAAUGCCACAUUACCAGCCAGAACCACGGUUAUGCCGUCGACACCAGCACCCUGCCCAGCGACUUCAAGGAGUACUUUGUCAACCUCAACGACGGCUCAAACGAGGGUAUGAUGCACAAGACCCGCCCCAUCUUUUCGACCCAGUUCCACCCCGAGGCCAAGGGUGGCCCGAUGGAUUCCUCGUACCUGUUCGACAAGUACCUCGAGAACGUCAGGAUGUACAAGAGCAGCGCCUCGGUCUACCGUGAUAACAGGCCAUCUCAGCUCAUGAUUGACAUUCUCAGCAAGGAGCGUGUCGGUGUUGAGCCCACCAAGUUGGCCAACGCUGCCUAAACUUUUCUUGGUUAUUGGGUUGGUGCAUGGAUUGGGUUUUGGAUUUUGGGGGUUAUAAGCGUCUUUGAUUUUUUUCUCUGGCGGAUUCAUGGGCAACAAAAAUUGUUUUUUGUUUGGUAGUGCUUUUAUUGUGCCUAGCGCUAUCCACGGCUGCAAGUCAGUUUUGCAUUCAUUUUACUUCUAUAGUGAUGCAAUGUAUCUUUUUUUGGAUAA